UCGAACAACAUCAAAAAUUAUCAGUAUUUUUUUACGAGAGAAAUUUUUUUCACAUCUUUCAGAACGAGUUCUAUCUUCUUAUCAGUAUUGUCAUGCCGUUUGUGAUGUCUAGCAGUAGUAAACAAAGCAACAUGACGUUCCAUCGAACUCUUUUUGUGAUUUUUUUCGUUGUUUCUGUCAAUUUUACACACGGACAAGAGUUUUUCUCGCAGUUGGAUGGCGAAGUUUUAACGAAUUUCAUCGAAAAUGAAUAUUAUGUGACACGAGGCAUCGUUGAAAGGCACACAGAAGACCUGAAAUGCAUCAAAGACUUGCGAUAUUUCGCCCAACAGCUGCGCGAUCGUCGAAAAUGGGCCAUGGAUAUGUUCGAUUCGUGGGCAAAGGGACCUCCUUCGGGGAUUUUUUACGGCAACAACAUAAAUUUCGGCAAUUUUGACCAAUGUUUAGCUGUGAGGCAUCAAAAUGAGGAGAAAUUGAUUGUUGGAAAGCAUUGCACGGUCACGACUCAGUUUAAAGAUCCCGAAAAAAAGGAAGCUACGAUGCUGAAUGAAGUGUUUGAUGUCAAAUUUUUACCUCAACCCGCUAAAAAUAGAUCUCAGUUGGCGAUCAGUUUGGGCAUUUGUGUGCCGAAUUCGUGUCACAGUGAUUUUAUUUACAACUUAACGAAUGAUUUUUUAACGCAAAAAUUCAACAUGAGCCUUGCUCAGUACAACCAAGAAGAGUUUUGUAGUGCUCCGAAGGACCCUUUUGAAGCCAUUGACUAUGUAACGAUAGGCAUUUUUGGAACACUUUUCGGAAUAAUUUUCCUUUGUACCGUUUACGAAUUGUGGCUUUUGAGACGAGGAAUGCCAGGUCGUCCAAUUUUGCUGAUUUUCUCUGCUUAUCGCAACAGUCGGAAGAUUUUCACAUCAAAAACUUACAAUUCGCCCGAAGUUCUUCAUUGUCUCAACGGAAUUCGUGUUCUCAGCUUGAUUUGGAUCGUUUUUGGGCAUUCCUACAUGACUUUUCUCAUGAAUCCGUUGCUAAACAAGCGCGAACUCAUCAAUUGGCUGCAAUCGUACAUGUCCUGCACCGUUCUCGGCGGCUCCGUAGCUGUCGAUAGUUUCUUCCUGCUUAGCGGAGUGCUCGUUUGUUGGGUCAUUCUCAAAGAUUACAAACGAGGUACUCCGAAAAAUUUGUUGAAAUUGUAUUUUCAUCGAUAUUUGAGACUUGCGCCGUCAUUUGCUGCCCUCGUGCUGCUUUGUGUGUCGCUCUACAGAUAUUUCGGAGACGGUCCGUUAUGGAAUAAAGUGUUGGAAGGACUUGUAGAGCCGUGUCAACGUAAUUGGUGGUCAACGUUGCUUUUCAUUCAGAAUUACUACAAUCCGGAAGAUAUUUGUUUGGGACAUUUGUGGUAUUUGUCGGUUGAUAUGCAACUAUUUAUUGUGGCGCCGUUCUUGAUUUUUUUGAUGCACAAGUGGGGAAAAAAGGUUUUUCCGCUGUUAUCGGCGAUGAUAGCUGCUUCGAUGGCAACGGCGUUCUAUAAUAGUUAUCGGAAUGAGUUUAGAGUGUCGGCGAUUGAUAAUGUCAUUAGAGGAAGAACUUUAGCAAAAGGACGUUUAAUUUACUAUCCAACGCACAUCCGCAUGGGCGCCUACAUCGUCGGCUUGAUGCUUGGUUACAUUCUUUUCACCCUUAAAAAUCGUCAAAUUCGUCUCCCUCGACUCGCAGCAGUUUUCGGAUGGAUUUUAUCCAUAACGAAUUGUUUCACCAUCGUUUUUGGCAUUUAUUCCUUCCAACAACCCGACUACAAUGCAUCGAUUUUCGUGGAUGCCACAUACGAAGCAAUAAUUCGUGUUUUAUGGGCUCUUUCACUUUCGUGGAUGAUUUUUGCUUGUGUCAAAGGAUACGGAUCGAUCAUCAACUACUUUUUAAGUUUAUCGAUAUGGCAACCUCUUGGAAAACUCUCGUAUGCGAUUUACUUGUUGCACUAUCCGGUACAAAUUUAUUUCGUCAGUCAGCAACGUGAAGCCGUUCAUUUCUCGAAUAUCAAUGCGAUUUUCAAAUUUUGGGGAGAUUUCAUGAUGAGCACGUGUUUGGCGGUUAUUUGGGUCUUGACAUUCGAGAUGCCGUUACUUGGAGUGCAAGAAAUGAUGACGAGACGAGGACAACCAACAGACCCGAGCUUUUAUGAAAAAAAUCGAGUUUUUCAAAGGGCUUCGAGUUCGGUAGCAGUACAAAUUGACAACGACGAGACUCCAAAAUCGUCAAAUUCUUGAAUUCUUUUAUUUACUAAAAAAAAUUAAUUUAAUAUUUUA